AUGCCUGCUCCAGUCUACCCAAAACCCCUUCUAGAGCCCUACCCAAUCCCCUCACCAACUCAAGCCCCCCUCGACUGGGCCCCGCUCGCCAUCAUCGACCUCUCCAAAUUCGAGGAACCCAACGGUAAACAGGACCUCGCAGUUGAACUCAAAGAUGCGGUGAAACGCUGGGGUUUUUGGACCGUAGUGGGUGCAGGCUUCACCCAAGAGGAGCUGGACCGCCAGCUUGCUAUUGGGAACACGUUUUUCAAGCUCCCGCUUGAGGAGAAGAGGAAGUUCGCUUGUGAUUUCUCGGUUGGGAACUACUUUGGGUACAGAGAGCCAACGCGGUUCGUCAGUCGUACGGAUGUUAAAGAGAAUAUGGAAAUGCUGAACGUGCCCAAGUUCACACCAGACUAUGCUAGCAUCCCUCAGCACCAGCUCGUCAAAGCUUAUCACGACGAGAUUGCCCAGUUCCAUCGGAGAGUGUGGGACGAUGUCAUCCGGAAACUGUUUGUCCUGUUCACGAUAAUAUUGGAGCUGCCAGAGAACUACUUUGCGCCAUCAGAAGAUCAUCUCCGCUAUAUGAUUUACCAUCCUCGGACAGUUGAAGAUGAUAAAAAGAUCUCAGACCAGUGGACUGCUGGCCAUACAGACUUUGGCUCUCUUACCCUUCUCUUCUCGCAGCCCGUUGCAGCCCUCCAAGUCAAAGAUCCCAAUAACGAGUGGAAAUGGGUCAAGUACGUCCCAGGAGGCAUUACCUGCAAUGCUGCCGACACGUUAUCAUUCCUAACCAAGGGAUACAUAAAGAGUACCAUCCACCGCGUCGUCCGUCCACCUCCCGACCCAUCGCACCUCGAACGUCUCGGGCUCUUCUACUUUGCGCGACCGGGUAAUGACGUACCGAUGGUUCCCGCUCCGAGUCCUGUGCUCUUCCGCGAAGGGUUGGUGACUGAAGAUGAAACGAAGGUUACUGAGGACUCAGUCAGUGGGUAUGAGUAUGUCCGUGCAAGGGUGAAGAAUGUCCAUGACCGGAAGGCGACACGUAUCGCUGAGAAUGACCCGGAUGCGGUGUUCCAGGUUAAGAACCUGACAGUGCAAGAUUACUAUGUCUGAUAGGCAUUCAUUACAAGCUAUGCUACUCUUUGAACUGGCAUGCCUACCAUGAGUCGCACUCGAUUCAUUUGUACACCUAUGUAUUACUCUUCUAACUCGACUCCAUGUUCAUAUUACGAGUAUUUAUUACAUCUCUAACUUCAUCCCCGAGACGAAACAUGCAUUAACACCACAGCGCCCUGCAUUACAGGUACUCGCCAGUACUUUCGGCUUUCAGGCCGAUUCCAAUUUGGGGCCAGUCCAGUCACACAACAGGCCAGGCUCCACACAACAGCUCGCUCUCCUCGAGGCCACGUCCUCGACUCCGACUCGUUAUAUAUCCCAAUUACUGGCUUUCGUCUCCUUACCCUGGUCCUUC